UAAUAAGAGGGUCUAGACUAUUUAGACCCAGAAGAAAAGAAAGGGCCACAUAUGGAUAUAUAGCCGCCCCAUUGGAGGAACGGAGGGUAGUGUCGUAGUGGGACGCCAGCAUGCAGCAUACGGCCUUUUGAGUCUCUCUGACUUCGACUUCCGUUCUUCUUUAACCAUAAAUACAGAGACAGUGAGACAAAAACCUCCCUUCCAAGUUCCAACUUCUCGCCCUCUCUUCAAAAGCCCAAAACCCACUUCAUCUGCAACCAAGUUCUUGGAGAGCGCCGUUUGAUUCCCCCUUUUUAAUCUUCAAAUGGUACAGCAAAAGGUGAUCCUCAAGCUCCUGACCAUGACAGAUGCCAGGACGAAGCAGAAAGCUAUGGAAGCUGUUGCUGACAUCUUCGGGGUAGAUGCAAUUGCAGCUGAUCUGAAGGAGCAGAAGAUUACGGUCAUAGGAGAAAUGGAUGUGGUUAAAAUCGCCAAAAGAUUGAAAAAACUAGGGAAAGUAGAAAUAGUAUCAGUUGGGCCAGCUAAAGAAGAGAAGAAGGAAGAGAAGAAGGAGGAGAAGAAGGAAGAAAAGAAGGAAGAGAAGAAGGAAGAGAAGAAGGAAGAG